AUGGGUUUUUUAACAGGCUCUCACAAGGACUCAUGGCAGCCCAUUAUGACUGCAAAGACAAACACACACAGCUACUGGCUUAAUUGGAGAGUUUUUAUUUGUUCCAUAUGGAUUCUGGUUUCAGUAAUCUUGUCAUCGUUGCUUGUAUGGAAGUAUGAGCGUUUGAGAAAGCCAGCAAGCAAUGGAAGGAGGGAAACACAAGAAGAAACAUCAGCAACUUUAUAUGAGGAUGAAACUUGGAGGCCUUGCCUAAAGGGAAUUCACCCUGCAUGGCUCAUGGCUUUCAGAGUUGUGGCAUUUAUUACGCUUUUGGUGCUUCUCAUAAUCAAUUCAAUUGUUGAUGGAGGAAACAUUUUCUACUAUUACACUCAGUGGACUUUCACUUCAAUCACUAUAUAUUUUGGGCUUGGAUCUUUGCUCUCCAUAUAUGGAUGCUACCAACAUCAUAAGAAAGCAACAGGAGAUAAGGUUGAUAACGUGGAUGGAGAUGCAGAGCAAGGAAUAUAUGAUUCUUCUGCACUCCCACAAAGCUCUAAUAAUCCAUCUGACCAAGAGAAAGGCAUGGGAGACCCAGAAGAGGUUAUUGUUCGCCAACAUGCAGGCUUUUGGGGUUAUAUUUUUCAAAUAAUAUUCCAGAUUAAUGCUGGCGCUGUCAUGCUCACUGAUUGCGUAUUUUGGUUCAUAAUUGUUCCAUUUUUAACCAUCAAAGAUUACAACCUAAAUUUUUUGAUAGUCAUUAUGCACUCAAUCAAUGCUGUUUUCCUUAUAGGUGAUACAGCUUUAAAUUGUCUGCGAUUUCCUUGGUUUCGAAUAGGAUACUUUUGCCUGUGGACAAUCAUAUAUGUGAUUUUCCAGUGGAUGGUUCAUGCUUGCAUUAAUCUCUGGUGGCCUUAUCCAUUUCUUGAUUUGUCAUCCUCUUAUGCUCCACUAUGGUACUUUGCAGUGGCAUUACUGCAUAUUCCAUGCUAUGGAAUUUUCACUUUGUUAAUGAAGCUGAAACACUAUGUUUUGUCAACUCGAUACCCAGAUUCAUAUCAAUGUGCCAAAUAA